AUGUAUUUUCGAGGUUUAGAGAAUUUAGGAAAUACUUGCUAUAUGAAUAGUUUUAUUUAAGCAUUGCAUCUUUGCAGUGAUUUUAGACAACAAGUAUUAGAUUUUGAAAUUAACAGAAUCGUUGUGUAAUUAAAAGAUUACACUUAAACUAAAUAAGUUGGAAACAAGCCAAAUAUAGGUUUAUUGUUGUCAUUAUAAAAAUUAUUUGCUUUACUUUCCUUUUCUAGUAGAGACAGCAUCAAUCCAAUUCAAUUUAGGAUGACCUUACCAGAUUAAUUUAAGAAUAAUUAUAAUUAGCAUGAUGCUAAUGAAUUUGGAAAGAUCCUAUUAGAUGAGAUUGAGACAAGUUUAAAAAAGUUAAAAAUCUAUGAAGUAUAAUAUUUACACUAUUUAGAAUUUGAUAAAGGAUUCAUUUUAGGGUUAAAUAGAAUGGACAAUAGAGUGUUUAAAUUGCAAUAAGGUCGUAAAGACUCAGGAAGACAUCUUGGAUUUAAGUCUUUCAAUUCCAAAUGCAAAUUCAAUAAGACUAGAAGAAUUGAUUGAAGAGAAUUGUAAACCUGAAAUAAUGGAUGGAGAUAAUUAAUAUUAAUGUGAUAAUUGUAAUUCAAAAACUAAUGCUAAAAGACAUUUCUCUAUCAAAAAAACAGCUAAGAAUUUCAUAAUUACACUGAAUAGAUUUGAUUUUAAACAUUCGGGAAAUGCUAAAAUAUUGACUAAGGUUGAUAUUCCUAAUAAAAUACAAAUCAAUUAACAGAAUCUAUAUUUGUAGGCUGUCAUUGUUCAUUCAGGAGCUUAAAUUAACUAUGGACAUUAUUUCACCUUAUCUAGAUAUACUUUAUUAAACGAUGAAUAAAUAUGCAGAUAUCCAAGCAUUUAAACAGCCUUAUAGAAUUUAUAUAUUUAAUAGACUCCUUACAUUUUAUUUUAUAAAACAGAUUAUCCUUAUUAAGUAGCUAAGAUAAAAACUACAUUCUUAAAGAAUAUUAUUGAUUAGGACAAUUAAAACUAUCUGAUUUUUAAACAAUAGAAAUAAUAACAAUAAUAAUAAAUGUUUUAAAAUUAGCAAAAUUUUAAUUCAAGAAAUGAUGAGGAUGAUGAUGAUAAUGGCUAAUAAGGAUCCUAAGGAGUAUAAAAUCGUAUAAUCUUUUGA